UCAUAAUUCUAAACAUCCUGAUUUUUAUGCCUUUCUGAGUUUCAUUUUCCUGGAUUUGAAAGGCCACAUUGAAUACGUUAAAUAUUUUCUGUCUUCAAAAAAACUUAAUUGAUGUUAAAAAAAACUUCAAAAAACAGAUGAUGUACUUUCAAUAGACAUACAGUUGAUUGAUUGGCAGCUUCCUCUUAGAUAAAGAUCUGUAGAUACAAAAUUUGAAAGACUAUCACAGUGACAAAUCAACCACAGGAAGGCAGUAUGAAUAACAACACUAGUGCUAAUCAAUGUGAGAAGCUACGGGCACUGGAAUGUUUAUGGCUCUAUCUUCUGGAGAACUGCGCCACCUACUUGCCUGUCGUUGGUGGAGUGCUUGUCUUGUUGAUCAUUUUCAAUAUCACGUGUAUUUACUGGUGUGUCAAACGACAAGUCAAUAGACAGCUGAUAAAUAUUCGUAGGAAAGACUGCAAUGAAAGAGAGGAAAGACCGAUUUCGGAAGCAAUAACGUGCAUCUACAAGACGAAUAAUGAAGAAAAGGAUUUCGCCUACGAUCUUGCUUCAAAUGCAAAGGUUAUGUCAAAUUUAGGCACUUUAAACGAGGGAUGCCUCCCUGAGGAAAGCAACACACGAUUUGUCAGACCGAUGUCUCAUAAUAGUGACUACGACAACGUAUGGUCAACCACUUGGACAACCCUGGCAUCAACUGAAGAUGAGUACACCAAGGUAGAGAAAGUAAGGAAAACAGCGGUGACAGUUAACCAGGAUGAGGAGAUAUAUAGCAAACAGAAGCUGGAUGAUCUAGACACUACUGUAGUUGAUGAAGAACUAUUAAAUGAAAACAUUCAGAAGAAUGCUGAACCUAAGGAGAUUUUGAGUAAAAAUGAUAAUAAAAGCUUACAAGUCAAGGAACCAAAUAUGGCAACACCGAAGACCGAACAGAAAUCAAAAAGGUGUGAUGAUAAAGCUAAUGAUUUUGAAUGUAAAACAAACGAUAUUCAGCAGCGUGAAAAGGGAAUUUCAGCAGGAAUUUGCCAAAAUGAAAGAAGAUAUUUUUCGGAGACAAAUAAAAAUGUUCUUUGUGAGCCUGAGUUGUACUCAGAUGUAGCGAGUGAAGACAGAAAGAACGACAACAAAUCCGAAAGAAACGACACUCCGUCGGGUCAAAUGGGAGGAACGAUAUCUCCUGAAGAGGUAUGCGGAGGAAAUGAAAGAGCCUCCUCAAAAACAGAAAACACAAGUAAAAAUGAGAGUAGAAGUAAAUAUUUGAAGGAAAAUGAUAUUAAUAGUGAAGAAAAGGUUAGAAAGGGUAAGAAAAAGUGCCAGAAGGUUGAGAAAUCAACAACAACCGCCGAAAAGAGAAAGAUCAGGAAAUCUUAUCAAAGUGACGACUAUUGUAAUGUCUCCAUAAACCCAGAGAAAACCGUGAGUUUAGGAAAUCUUUCAAAGGAAGAAGCUAAUAAGCAAGUGGAUGAAGCAACAGCAAUAUUGGUGGCCAACAUGAAUAAUGUCUCUUUAAAAACAAAACUGUAAAGGACUUUUUCAGAUAUUUUAAAUAAACAUUACAUGUACCAGGUAUGUAAAAAGGAGAAAUAAAAUGUUUUGGUCAAAUAAUUUUUAUCAUUACAACCCUAGUUUAUUUAUUUUUUAUUCAAAAUACACAAAAAUAGACCGCAUUAAAUAUCAGAGGAGAAAUCAAGAGCCAUGAUGAAUUA